GAAAUAUAAUCUGGCAACAUAUACGACAGAAACCAUGCAUGCCUUGUUUACUUAUUCAGUUAGGAGAUUAAGAUUCUCUUAUUCGCACGCCUUAAAACUUUUACCAAAGACAAAAGUUCAAGCCAUGGAUUGUACGAGGACAAGGGCCUAUUCGUGUUACUUGGAAAACAAUUACGAAGCAGCCGUUGAAACUUUAAACUUACUUCAGUCUAAUGCGGCGGUUCUCGAAAAAGCUCGACUUCAAAAAGAUAGACAAGCCAUCUCAAAUGUUCCCUUCACUGAAAAGUAUCUAAAUCGCAUUGGAAUAUCACUUGACACAAUUGACCAACAGUUAAGAAUUAUUCAUGUUUCUGGUACUAAGGGCAAAGGAUCAACAUGUGCAUUUUGUGAAUCUAUUCUCCGUCAUCAUGGACUCAAAACAGGAUUUUAUUCAUCUCCUCACUUAAUCGAAGUAAGGGAACGAAUAAGAAUAAAUGGAAAGCCACUCAGUAAAGAGGAAUUUGCUACAUAUUUCUGGCAAGUUUACACUCCUCUCAAGGACUACAUGGAUGAUGAAAAUGAUAUGCCUGCUUACUUCAAAUUCAUGACGAUUAUGGCAUUUUAUGUCUUUUUGAAUGAAAAAGUUGAUGUGGCCAUUUUUGAAGUAGGAAUUGGUGGACUAUAUGACUGUACAAAUGUCAUUAGGAAACCAUCAGUUGUUGGGAUCACUUCUUUGGGACUGGACCAUGUUAGCUUAUUGGGCAAUACUGUUGAAAAGAUAGCUGUUCAUAAAGCAGGUAUCAUGAAGCCUUCAGUACCAACAUAUACAGUCAGUGAUCAGCCUGGAGAAAGCCUAAGUGUUCUAGCUGAGAAAGCAUUACAAAUCAAGUGUCCUCUAUAUGCUGUCCCUGCACUUGAUGACUACCAUUGGGCUCCUUAUCAAAUUAAUUUAGGUUUAUCUGGGAAAGUUCAGUGGAAAAAUGCUUCACUUGCGCUCCAAUUGAGUCGUGCAUUUUUGAAUCCUAAAAUUGAAGUUGAACGCUCUGAAAAGGAGCUUUAUUGUUUCCUGCCAGUCCCUGCAUUGCCGUUCCAAAUCCAUUCACCUGAAGCUGUUGGAUUAGCAAAAACUUUCUGGCCAGGUCGCUCUCAAGUUCUUCGCUUGCCAGGCUCGACAUUUUACGUCGACGGUGCGCACACACCGGAGAGCAUAGAGGCUUGCGUCGAAUGGUUUAUUCAGGCAUCUGCUUCACCAAAAUUAAGACCAAAGAGAGUAUUGAUUUUCAAUACAACAGGAGAUCGAAAUGCCAAUUUGCUACUUGCUCCGUUAAAACGCUGCCACUUUGACGUUGCCUUAUUUUGUUCAAACAUUAUCGAUGUUAGUAAUGAAUCAACUUCCAAAGAUUUACUCAACCUUAUGAUUACCAAAGAGCAACAAGUCCGCCGAACUAACAUUAACAGGGAUGCUUGGGUUGAAAGCAGUUUUCAACCGAUUGGUACAUCUUCGUUCAAACAACUUGUCCUAGCUUUCCCUACCAUUAACAAUGCGCUUGAUUAUGUGAAAAAUCAUCUAGUUAACAAUGAGGCAAAUGAGCUGGAUGUGUUAGUCACUGGCUCACUGCAUCUGGUGGGCGGAGUUCUGUCGCUUCUUGAUCCUGAGCUUGGUUUCUUGGACAGCAAACCAUGUUUAGUUUCUACAAAAACCUGCUAAUAGUACCUGUAACAUCCAAAUGGAGAAAUUUAAAAUUCAAUGGUGACCCAUGUACAAAAAAAUGAAAAAAUUUAUUUCAUUUAGUUUUAUUUUGAAGUAUUCAUAUUAUUGUGCCUUGAAAUUCAUCCCACUAUAUUUGUUGUGUUUCUUGUUUUCUAAUUUAGAAGAAGUGUUUUGUGCUCUGCAUACAGCUAUAAUACACCCUUGGUGGAUUGGUAAAA